GAAAUAGCCGCUUCAGAAGUAGGUCUUACAAACUGCAGAGCCUUGAUCAACAUCAGUCAAGAUUUAGACGCAGACAUUCACAAUGGGAGACAUAGGCCAAGAGUCGUACUCAUACCCGGAUGCGCCUAUUGGGACACCAAGGGCGCUCCGCGUUGUGUGCAUGGGGAUGGGAUACUCGGGACUAAUGAUGGCCAUGAUUGUCAGAUCGAAGAUGGCAGACGCAAAUCUCGAGUUCCAAAUUUACGAGAAGAACUCCGACCAGGGUGGAACAUGGCUCGUGAAUAGAUAUCCAGGCUGCCAGUGCGAUAUUCCCGCCCACAACUACGAGUACAGCUUCGAGACAUUUCCUGAAUGGCCCAAUUACUAUGCAACGGCAGAACAGAUUCACGAGUACAUGAAGAAGACCUUUGAUAAGUACCGGUGCAAUGAGUUUGUGAAAUUCAAGCACGAGAUCAAACGUGCCGAAUGGCACGGCGAUGCAGGAAAAUGGCAACUUACUGUCGAGCGUGAUGGUGAACAAUUUAUCGAUGUCUGCGACGUCUUCAUCAACGCCGGUGGUGUCCUUGACAACUGGAAGUGGCCGGCCAUCCCUGGGAUCGAAAAUUUCAAAGGGAAGUUGAUGCACUCCGCAGCCUGGGACCAGACCUACGACUUUACGGAUAAAAAGGUCGCCGUCAUUGGCAUCGGUUCUUCCGGUAUUCAAAUCCUGCCCCAGGUUGCUAAGAAAGCCCGCGAAACCGCUCUCUUUGCCAGAUCCGAGACCUGGAUCACCCCAAGUGUAGGAAUCAGUGAGCCUGGACCAGACGACCCGGAUGUCGACGAAGCCCUCAACUACGCGCACAAAGAGCUCGAAAGAUUCAAGUCGGAUCCUGAAUACCUCCUCAAACAUCGCAGGAAACUCCAAGAUGGUCGUAUUCAAGGUUUCAAGCAGUUCAUCUUAGGGUCUCCUGAUCAGGUAAAAGCAAUGGACAUGUUCUCCGAGUCGAUGAAAGAGCGCCUGGGCACCUCGGAAAAGGGGCGACAGAUGGCUCAGCAACUCGUGCCCAAAUUUCCCGUGGGGUGUCGGCGACUGACUCCCGGACAGGGCUUCUUGGAAGCCUUGUUGGAAGACAAUGUAAGCUUGGAAUGGAAAAACCUGGACCACAUCACAGAAAAGGGCAUUGUCACCAAAGACGGCCGUUUGAUCGAAUGCGACGCAAUCUGUUGCGCUACCGGAUUUGACAACUCCUUCAAACCGCGAUUCCCUAUCGUCGGCAAGAGGAACGUUGACCUCACCGACCAGUGGGGCAACGCGCCGGAGGGAUACUUUGGAAUCACGAUUGCCGGGUUCCCCAACUACUUCACGUUCAUCGGGCCCAAUUCACCUAUUUCCAAUGGAUCAUUGGUUCAAGCGAUCCAAAUCACGGGGAUUUACAUCGCCAAAUGUAUCGCCAAGCUGCAAAAGCAGGGGGUCAAGUCAAUGGACGUGACCGCAGCCGCCCAGGACGACUUCAACCAACACUGUGGGGCUUAUCUUGCCAACACAGUCUGGUCGUCAUCCUGCAGCAGUUGGUAUAAACAAGGUACGACAUGCGGCAAAGUUGUGGCCAUCUACUGUGGUAGCUCGUACCAUUUCAUCGAAGCGUUGAAAGAGCCUCGGUGGGAAGACUAUCACUUUGAGUACGUGGGCGAUGCCCGACCCAAUCGCUUUGCAUACUUGGGAAAUGGGAUGACACUCGCUGAAACCAGGGCCAAGAGCGUCGGGGCGACGCAGACAUUGAACUUUGACGAGUACUGGAACUUGUUCAAUCUGCCUGCCAUCCUAGAAUAGUUAAAAGACGAGCUAUGUGCCUUCAAUGUGUUUAUGAUUUUCCUGUCCAUUAUACCACGGAUCGGGGUUAGAUAUGUACACUAUCGUCGAUGGACAAGACGCUUUUCUCGUGAU